GUCCCUCCCUCUAAAACCACUCUGUGUGGGGAACAUGAGAGCCAGACCAAAGCUCAGAGGAACCAACCUGGACCUGAACCCAGCUGUCCAUCCUUAAAGAGCGACCGGUCCAAGGGUAUCAUUACAAAAUUUAAACAAAGACAGUCACAUGAUAAAAUAAUCCAUCAGAAAAUCAAAUGUGGACCUGAACCAACCUGUGCAUCUUUAAUGAGCAACAGCUCAAAGGAUUUUGAGGUUCAUUUUAAUGGACAACGUUCUCCUGCAGAGAGUGCGGGCCAGGAGUUCCUGGAGGUUCCCCGUGGUCAGUCUGCCCAGCAGCAUAAAAUACAGCUGAAAUCCAUAUUUGUGUUGCUAGAAGACAACAUUUUGACAUUUGUGAAGAACGAGCUGAAUAAGAUCCUAGGGGUUCUUGGUGCACAUGACCUUGAAUGUUUAGAGGGUCAGAGGGACAUUGUGGACAUGUUGGAGGGUGAUGAUGAAGAGCAGAGGAAGAGCGUCACAGAGGCAUUUGUAAAGAUCACGCUGCACUUCUUGAAGAGAAUGAAGCAGGAUGAGCUGGCUGAGCAUCUUCAAAGCAACAUGUUUGCUCCAGUUUGUCAACAUAAUCUUAAAUCUCAACUGAAGAAGAAGUUCCAGUGUGUAUUUGAGGGGAUCGCUAAAGCAGGAAACCCAACCCUUCUAAAUCAGAUCUACACAGAGCUCCACAUCACAGAGGGAGGGACUGCAGAGGUCAAUGAUGAACAUGAAGUCAGGCAGAUUGAAACAGCAUCCAGGAAACCAGACAGACCAGAAACAACAAUCAGACAAGAAGACAUCUUUAAUGCCUCAUCUGGAAGAGAUGAACCAAUCAGAACAGUGUUGACAAAGGGAGUGGCUGGCAUUGGGAAAACAGUCUUAACACAGAAGUUUAUUCUGGAUUGGGCUGAAGACAAAGCCAACCAGAACAUCCAGUUCAUUUUUCCAUUCAGUUUCAGAGAGCUGAAUGUGUUGAAAGAGGAAAAGAUGAGCUUGGUGGAACUCGUUCAUCACUUCUUUACUGAAACCAAAGAAGCAGGAAUCUGCAACUUUGAAGACUUCCAGGUUAUGUUCAUCUUUGAUGGUCUGGAUGAGUGUCGACUUCCUCUGGACUUCCACAAAACUAAAAACCUAACUGACCCUACAGAGUCCACCUCUGUGGAUGUGUUACUGACGAAUCUGAUCAGAGGGAACCUGCUUCCCUCCUCUCGCCUCUGGAUAACCACGCGACCUGCAGCAGCCAAUCAGAUUCUUCCUAGGUAUGUUGACAUGGUAACAGAGGUGAGGGGGUUCACUGACCCACAGAAGGAGGAAUACUUUAGAAAGAGAUUCAGAGAUGAGGAGCAGGCCAGCAGGAUCAUCUCUCAUAUAAAGACAUCACGAAGCCUCCACAUCAUGUGUCACAUCCCAGUCUUCUGCUGGAUCACUGCUACAGUUCUGGAGGAUGUCCUGAAAACCAUAGAGGGAGGAGAGCUGCCCAAGACCCUGACUGAGAUGUACAUCCACUUCUUGGUGGUUCAGGCCAAAGUGAAGAAGGUCAAGUAUGAUGGAGGAACUGAAACAGAUCCACACUGGAAUAAAAAGAGCAGGAAGAUGGUUGAGUCUCUGGGAAGACUUUCUUUUGAGCAGCUGCAGAAAGGAAACCUGAUCUUCUAUGAAUCAGACCUGACAGAAUGUGGUAUUGAUAUCAGAGCCGCCUCAGUGUAUUCAGGAGUGUUUACACAGAUCUUUAAAGAGGAGAGAGGACUGUACCAGGACAAUGUGUUCUGCUUUGUCCAUUUAAGUGUUCAGGAGUUUCUCGCUGCUCUUCAUGUCCACCUGACAUUUAUUAACUCUGGAGUUAAUCUGCUGGAUGACCAAAAUACAAUCUCCAAGUGGUCUAAAUUAUUUAAUAAACCUAAACUACAGUUUCUCCACCAGAGUGCUGUGGAUAAGGCCUUGCAGAGUUCAAACGGACACCUGGACUUGUUUCUCCGUUUCCUCCUGGGUUUUUCUCUACAGACAAAUCAGAGUCUCCUACGUGGUCUGCUGACACAGACAGGAAGCUGCUCACAGACAAAUCAGGAAACAGUUCAGUACAUCAAGACGAAGCUCAGUGAGAAUCUGUCUGCAGAGAAAAGCAUUAGCCUGUUCCACUGUCUGAAUGAACUGAAUGAUCAUUCUCUAGUGGAGGAGAUCCAACAGUCUCUGAGUUCAGGAAGUCUCUCUACAGAUAAACUGUCUCCUGCUCAAUGGUCAGCUCUGGUCUUUAUCUUACUGUCAUCAGAAAAAGAUCUGGAUGUGUUUGACCUGAAGAAAUACUCUGCUUCAGAAGAAGCUCUUCUGAGGCUGCUGCCAGUGGUCAAGGCUUCCAACAAAGUUCUACUAAGUGACUGUAGUCUGUCAGAAAGAAGUUGUGAAGCUCUGUCCUCCAUGCUCAAUUCCCAGCCCUCUAGUCUGAGAGUGUUGGACCUGAGUAACAAUAACCUGACUGAUGUUGGAAUAAAGCUUCUAUCUGCUGCACUGGAGAGUUCACUCGGUACACUGGAAACUCUCAGACUAAAUGUCUGUAACCUCUCAGAGAAAAGCUGUGAAGUUCUCUCAUCAGUCCUGACUUCCCAGUCUUCAAGUCUGAGAGAGCUAGACCUAAGUGACAAUGAUCUGAAAGACUCUGGAGUGAAGCUACUAUUGACUGGACUGGAAAGUCCAGACUGUAAAAUGGAAACACUCAGACUGAGUAGCUGUAACCUCUCAAAGAGAAGCUGUGAAACUCUGUCCUCAGUUCUCAGCUCCCAAUCCUGUACUCUGAAAGAGCUGGAUCUGAGUAACAACAACCUGGAGGACUCUGGUGUGAAGAUGCUUAAGACUCCAAAUUGUACAAUUGUCAGGGUGGAGCCUGCUGGAGUCCGAUGGUUGAGACCAGGUCUGAGGAAGUAUUCCUGUCAACUCACAAUCGACGCAAACACAGUACACAGAGAACUUAAACUCUCUGAUAACAACAAGAAGGUGACACAUGUGGAAGAGGACCAGCCAUAUCCUGAUCAUCCUGACAGAUUUGAUCGCUGGCCUCAGCUGCUGUGUAGAGAUGGUCUGACUGGUUGCUCUUACUGGGAGAUUGAGUGGAGUGGAGAAGCUCAUAUAUCAGUGAGUUACAGAGGAAUCACAAGAAGAGGAAACAUUAAUGACUGUUUGUUUGGGAGGAAUGAACAAUCCUGGAGUCUGAGCUGCUUUGAUGAUGGUCCUCGUUAUGUCUGGCACAAUAACAGAAAACUCACUUUCUCGUCAUCCAUCUCCUCCUCCUCCAUCUCUAAUAGAGUAGCAGUGUAUGUGGACUGUCCUGCUGGCACUCUGUCCUUCUACAGAGUCUCCUCUGAUGACACUCUGAUCCACCUCCACACCUUCAACACCACAUUCACUGAACCUCUUUAUCCUGGAUUUAGACUUUUAUUUUCUGGUUCCUCAGUAAGUCUGUGUACUUCAGCCUAAGGAGUGUCCUCCUGUUAGAUUAACACUCUGUAUAUUUCUGUCUCUAUCACAUAUUCAGAUUCAUCAGUUCAAUCAGUUGAAGUUCAUUAUAACGAUUAUUCCAGAUUUUUGUGCAUAUUUCUUAUUAAAGCUUCACAGUGGAUAUCAAUAUGUUGUGUUUCACCAAAGCUCAGUUUUGAACCAGUUCAGCUGCAUCUCGAACAAGUCUGAGCUCAUUAAAUGAAUCCAAAUGUUUUAUUUCUGUUUAUUUCAGUGGUUUGUUUUUGUUGGUUUGUUUGGGUUUUUUUAUUUUUGGUUAAAAAAGGGUUUUAAAAAAAAGCUCAUGUGUUUAAUGUACUUUUUCCCUCCAUAUGGUGUUUCAGUCAUUUUUGGCAGCUCUAAUGGAAGCAAGACAGGAAGUUAGCUCCUAGCAAGAGUGGAUUUACACAAGAAAUGUGAUUUAAAUAAUAUUUCAUAUGUCUGUAAUGUUUUAUAUGUAUGACAACAGGACUGUAAGUAAAAGUAACAAGGUAGCACAUCAGUAUUAGUGUUUAUUCAGAAACAGAUGUUAGAUGUGUUAAAUAAUUUUCUGUGAAAAUCAAAAAUAAAUGUACUUCUAUUGAUA